UGCCCAUCAUCAGUCUAGCACCAUAUAGUCAGGCAGGAAUAUAUAUCAGCAGCGAGCAAUAAGAAAGAACAGCUACAAUAACAAAAUUUAUUUUAUUCCAAAAAGUUAUUAUUUUAAUCGUAAAAAUACUUCCAAAAAUGGUUCAGGAUACUAAUUUCAUUUGUCCACGUAUCUAUAAUGCAUGCAGACUAUGCAAAAUCAGAGGGAAUCAACUGAAUAAAAUCAAUCAAAAGAUAUCGGACAAAAUCUACGAAUGCACCACAUUGAAAAUCAUUUCCACUCCACACUGCAAGGCGUUCAUCUGCGAUGGUUGCAAAGCCAAAAUCGACGAACACUAUCAGUUUAAAAUGCAGUGCAUUAAAAAUGUAAAUCUACAACGUUUCAAUAAUGGCACAAUCGGUCCUGUAGCCGUAACCACUGGCAGCAGUACAGAAGUCGAAGAGCCACCGCCAACGGGUAGUGCACUAAUGGAUGCUAUUCCCAGCAGCAGUAAAGUAGAUUAAGGAGUUUUUAGAAGGCUUGGGCCCAGUUAUAAGUUAAUUAGUAGUGAAGAAGGAUUGUUCAUACAUUUUGUUUUACCCCUUGAACGCGCAAUGUUGCUUUAAACCAACUUACUGGAGAUACAUCUAAUGUUAAUGUAUUUUAUGAUCGUUUACAUCAAAAAUAUGUUUAAAGAUUUCUAGAAAAAAAAAUACCUUGCGCCUUUAAGGGACUAAUCAUAUUGGACCUUUUCGUUAGUGCAGAUUCCCGAUAGGAUUUCACAACGCUCAAAGGAACUGUUUAUAUUGUGAUAUAUGUUGGAUAUAGGAUUACUGGCCAAGUGAUUCGAAUUCUUAAUUUCUCUAGUCCUGCUUUGUAGCUAUGUCGGAUUCGAAAGUGACAGAUGAACCGCGUAUUCUGUUGGCGCAUACCGCAACCAAAUAAGUAAUCGAAAGAGACGCUGUACAUACAGAGCCCCGCGGAAAUACUGAGCCAUGUGCCCUUAUGUGUAUAGAAAAUCAUGUAUUUAAUCUGAGUUUCGAAAAUAAAGUUUUGUUAUUACCUAUUAAAUGGAAA